AAUACAUAAAAUAGAACCAACACAAGCAAACUCGAAAUCAACAAUGUCGACAGAGUCUAGCACUACCAUCCUUGCCUUUGCCUUUUGUUUCUUGUCCCUCCUUAGUUUCACUUACUCCAACACCACCGACGACAAAAUCUACCUCACCGGCCUGGUCUACUGUGACAACUGCCAAUUGAAGUCUAUGACCGAGAUCAGUAAGAUGAUUCCAGGUGCAAAGGUGCGAUUGGAGUGUAGGGAGGGGGGGAACAUAAAAUUGAGCGAAGAGGGUGAAACCAACCAGCUUGGACUAUACGUGUUUGAGUUGGAAAAAACUACGGGGCCUCUGAAUGAUUGUCAAGUGACACUGCUACACAGCCCUGACCCUGAAUGCAAGAUUUCCCACGAAGUCGACCCUAACAACAAAUCGAAAACUGCGCCGGUGGCCACCCGGAAGCUCAACCUAUUGGAAGGAGAUAGUGUCGUUUUCAUCGGACCAAGCCACCGUGUUUCCUACCCUCUUGGUUUGGUCGUUGAGAAAGCUCGUCCCGAGUGCGAGCAGUUCGCCAAAGCGCGCAAGCAUUUUCAGAACUAAUUUAAGGAAUUGAAGACGAAAACCGUCUGAUAUUAGAGAAAUUAUAGAAUAGUAUGGAUGUACCACGUCAGCAUGUGAUACUCCCAUUCAAAUAUUGCCAUGUGUCCAUUUUAAAAUAGAAAUUAAACUUUUUUUACAGCUGGA